UGAUUAUCUAUGAUAAUAUUAAUUGAGUUUAAGAAAACAAAUAAGUGAUAAGAGUGGCAUUGGUAUAUGAUCAGAGACUUAUGUAUUCUAUAGAUUUAGUCUUGUUCCGACUUUGUCAAAGUUAAUAUCAUGGCAAUGUCUUCGAGUAAAUGGUCAAAUCCUACAAGAGUGAACGAUGCUACUAGUAAUUUAAAUUAUAAAAAAAUCAAAGAUAUUGAAAAUAUGGACGAGAGAGAGAAAUACGCAUUUGGGAAUUAUGGAUAUGGAAAAAAUCACGUUAAACUUCUUCACGUCCAUAGACAGGGUUCACUUCAUAAGAUCAGAGAAUACGAAAUAGAUGUGUACCUUCGUUUGAGCACCCAAAACGAUUAUUUGGAGGGCGAUAAUAGGCAGAUCAUAGCAACGGAUUCCCAAAAGAAUACAGUGUAUGUAUUGGCAAAGAAGCACGGCAUUAAAAGCCCAGAAGAAUUUGGUUUAUUGCUGUGUUCGCAUUUCUUGAACACUUAUAAGCACGUCGUCGAAGUUGGAGUAAAAUUGGAAGAGUAUCCAUGGGAAAGAUUAAGGGCCGAAGGGCAAGCCCAUAAUCACGCAUUCGUUUACUCCCCGAGUGCAAUUAGAUUAGCACAAAUCGUUCAUAAACGAAACGAAAUCGCUCAAAUUAGCGGAGGACUGAAAAAUUUACGAAUCUUGAAAACAACUCAAUCGGCAUUCAAAGAUUUCAUUGAAGAUGGUUAUCGCACCUUGCCGGAUGCAAAUGACCGCAUUUUUAGCACAGUAGUAUCCUCCACUUGGGAUUACUCAACUGCAAACGGUGUUGAUUUUGAUGAUGUUUGGUGCGCAAUCAAAGAUUGCGUUUUGGAUAAGUUUGCUGGUGAUCCUGAAAAAGGAAUUUUCUCGCCUUCUGUACAAAACACAUUGUAUCUAGCUGAAAAAAUGAUUUUGGAUAAUGUUCCUCAGAUUAGUCGUAUCGAGAUGCAAAUGCCAAACAAGCAUUAUUUUCCGGUUAAUAUGAGUAAAUUUCCUCAAGAAAUUGUCGAUGGUCAUGAUAAUAACGAAGUCUACUUACCAGUUGAUAAGCCAUCUGGAAUUAUAUAUGCGGAACUUCAUAGAAAAAACUUUGUUUCCAAAUUAUAAAUUACUACUUAUUUUUUUUUAAUACU